AUGGCUUUCGAUCUUUCCUGGCCUUAUCUAAUCGUUAGUUGUAUUUUUGCUUCUUUAGCAAGAGCAUCCAAUAUCUCAGAUGUAUAUCCCCCUCUGUGGAAAGAGAGUCCUGGUCAGUUCAGUGACUAUAAGAUAGAAAAUGGAAAGUAUACCAUUAACUUCUGGCAUUAUCCUGAGAGAUUGGGGACGUACAAAAUCCUACUGAACAAGACAGCCAAAUAUUUUGCAAAAUUUUCACCAGAAAAUGAACAAAAUAUUUUAUGGGGAUUGCCUGUACAUCAUGGAUGGCAAUAUCAGACAGGCAGAUUAGCCGAUCCCACAGAAAGUACAGACUGUGGCCGUAAGUCUGGGGAUCAUCUGUGCAUCUCUGUGGACAGUUGGUGGGCUGAUCUUAAUUAUUAUCUCUCUGCAAUGCCCUUCCUUGCUGCGGUUGAUUCUGGUAUAAUGGGGAUACCAUCAGACAAAGUCACCUUUCUGCCACCGCCCAAGGAUCAGAUGAAUUUUUGUUACAAUGUUUCUAGCUGUCAUUCAUCCUUUCCAGAAGCAAUGAAAAAGUGGAAUGAAUUUUACCAGCACGUGAAGUCACAUUCUAGUUCCUUUGAUGGCCUGUUGGAGUACUUAUGGGCUGCACAUGUCUCAUCUUUGGAGAUUGCUAGUAAAAACUUUCACAAUAGAUUAAAAUACUAUUCUAAACAAGAAGCUGAUUUUGAAAGAAGCUGGGCUUUAUUUGUGGAUUAUUUAGCUCCACCACUCUUUCCUACAACCUUAAUUAGAACAUACGAAUUCCAGAAGGAGCUGCCAAAACGCAUGCUUAUGAAUGAGGAUAGAGCCCCCUUCAUCCGUGACUUUAGUGGCUUUCAGAACACAGUCCUGUUUGCUCUAAGUGUUCUCCACAAAGUACAUAAGUACACAGGUACAUUAUCUUUUGUUUUAUGGAAAACUUUAAUGAAGUCAACAGUUGCAAGGAAACUGUUUCUAGAGAUUUUGGAAUUCAUCCUUCAUUCUUUCAACUAA